AUGCAGGCAGUCCUGUUUGUCCCCUGGCUGGGCCAGCCCGUGGCGACUGGAUCUACCACGCCCCUGUCCGGGCCGUGGCUGGCCGGGGGCACCGCGACGGCGCCGUGGAGGCCCGCGACGCGGUCCGUGCGCAGCGGUGCGCGAGCCUGGGCGGAGGUAGACCAGCACCGCGACGGCGCCGUGGAGGCUGCUGGGGCCGGCGGGUGGGGACGAGCGUUGGGCGCGGCGGACGGUGGCGCGAGCCGCGCGAAGGCGGCGUUCCUGGACUCCGUCUUGGCCGCCAGCUACUGCACCGGCUCCGUUGGCGGAUGUGCGGCAGCGGUAGGCCCCGACGAGCCGCGACGACGAGCUGGGCCUGCCCAUCAGGGUGUCAUCCUCCAUCCCUGCUCUUCGUUAAGGCUCAGGUGCCGGCCGGUCAGGCGCACCUCCAUGCCCGUCGCGUCGUCCUCCGCGACGUCAAGCCAGCGAACUUCCUCGUCAACACAGGAGAGCACGAUGCUGGGCGCGUCAUGGUACUCGCCGCUUGGGCGCAGCUAUGCGUUAGCGCACGGCCUGGUCGCUGUGUGGCCUGUUGGAGCUGGUGGUGGUGGCCGGCCAAGUCCCGCGUGCUGGGUUGGUGAGACUAGCCCUGACUGUCGGUCGUUGCUGAUUUUUCGACGAGUGUUCUCCUCUGGCGUCUCUGCUUCGUCGGCGCUCUCCUUGAUGGUGCCAGAAAAUCUAAUGCCGGGUGGUGUUUCCACCGCUGCCGCCAUUCCCCUCCAUGGUUUCCUCCCCAUGGACGGCGUUGAAUGGUGGUAUGUGGGCCCAGAAGUGUUGUAG